ACCUACCUGCCUGCCUAUGUUCAUGACUUCAGAACCUGUCGAUUAAAUAGGUAAAGUCACCAGCUACUUAAUUUCAAUGAUAAUCAUCUAACUACCUAGGUACCUGGGUAGUCGAAGCUCAAUUAUCAUUCGAAAUGCCUUUAAAAAACCCAGUUUCAGCGCCAGCUAUCCGAACCAUAAGGACAGCAUUCGAAGAGCUUGACCGUACCAUUACUCCCGCCGACUCCCGCGACUUUCCUGACUCAACACUUCAACAUAUCAGGAAAGCAGCCCUUGAUAUUGAAAACCAGCUUGCUGCGAGGCAAUGUCUUCGAAAUAUGCGACGACUUGGACCUCUCUUUCAAGGUCUCGAACACUACGCUAAGGCUGUGGAUGUUGUAUGUAAUGGCACACCAUACCUAGCUUGGAUAUGGGCUCCAAUCACCUUGAUUCUACGAGUCGCCUCUGAAUACGUAGAAGCCUUCGAAAAAAUCAUCAAGGGGUACUCAAGAAUUGCCGAGUCGUUAAAAAGAUUUGAAGUUCUCGGCACCACCUUUAGCAACAAGCCAGAUUUCCAGCAAACACUUGCUAUAUACUACGCCGACAUACUUCAGUUCCACAAACACGCUUAUAAAUUCGUUCAUCGGAGCGGUUGGAAGCUGUUGUUCCUCACAUCAUGGGGUCGUUUCCAGAACCGGUUUGACAAUAUCUUCCAGGAUUUAGACCGUCAUGGAGAACUUAUAGAUAAAGAAGCGGAGGCCCAUCAUAUCUCAGACUUACAGAAGUUACGGCAGGAUAUUUAUACAUGGAAAGAAGAAAGUCAGGACAAAACGAAGCAAUUUGAAGAAGAGCAAGCUGCCACGAAAUAUCGGUCUAUUAUUUCGUGGCUCAACGCAGACGAAUCGGAGCAACUGACUAUCUUCGAUUCUAUAUCGGCCGAAGGAUCCAAGUACCCGGGGACAUGUAGUUGGGCUUUGAAAGAUAAGAAAAUCAGCUCGUUUCUUCAGCAAAGGCCGGAGACAAACGUCCUCUGGCUGCAAGGUGGCCCUGGAACUGGAAAAAGUGUCUUAUCAGCACAACUUAUUAACUUCAUGAGGAAAGCCAAGAUGUUUGUUAUUUCCCAUUUUUGCACACAGUUGUAUCCUUACUCUACUACCUACGAACAUGUCCUCCGAUCGAUGCUUCUCCAGUUACUCCAGAAAGAUUGCGACCUCGUCGCUCACGUCUAUGAAGAGUAUGUCUUGGGAAAGAAGUCCCCUGCAAUACCUACCCUUGAAAGACUUCUACAUGAUCUCCUCGCAAGCAUAUCCCACGAUCCCCGCCAAAAUGAGUACAUCUGGAUUGUCAUUGAUGGCGUGAACGAGUGUGACGCACAAAAACAGGCUAGUGUGGCUACUUUGAUAAACCAAAUCACGUCCAGGUCCCCUUCUUCUAUCCGAACAACUUGUAAAGUCCUCAUUUCUAGUCGUGUCUCGCCGUCUAUGUCUUCCCGCCUUCGGAAAGGACAGGUGCUUUCCCUCGCCGAAGAGAAAGAGAACAUGGGAUUAGCUAUAAAGCACUAUACGUGGCAGAGACUAUUAACCCUUCAUGAAAAGUUCGUCCAACUCCACCUCAAUUCAGACGAAAUGAAGGAUAUUAGAGAUGAGAUUACAAAGAAGUCUGACGGAAUGUUCCUCUAUGCGCGCUUACUUCUUGACUUCCUCGAUAACAAAAUAUUCUACAGAGGCUCCGAAGUCAAAUCGUCCGUAAACGAGCUUCCAAAAGAGUUAUCCGAUUUUUACCGAAAGAUCCUAACUCAAAUCCUAGUCCGUUUGGAUACCCAAUCGGCGGAUCGUGUUAAAUCUAUUUUCUCUUGGAUUGCAUUUGCAAGGCGGCCGCUGAAAAGGAUGGAAUUCCUGUCUGCGUUGUCUUUCAGUGCUGGAGACCCAGAUAUCGCUCACCUUGCUCCCACAUAUAUUUUGAAUAUCUGUGGUACUUUGAUCGAAGAACGUCGAGAUAAUACGUUGGCUUUUAUCCACGUAUCAGUUAAAGAGUUUCUUCAAUCAUCGUCAAGUAACUUCGUUAUUGACGAAAGAGAAGCCGUUACGGAACAUGGUAUAGCCACAAUCACAUGUCUCCUAUCCGGAUCAAAUAUCUUCGGCAGCCCAUACCCUAAAGAUACUAGGUACCUACGAGUGGCUAGAGGUUUGCACGGGUUUCAUGUAUAUUCUACCGAAUAUUGGAUUGAAUAUCUAUUGUCCCACGCAGCAUCCACUUAUUCCCGCGGUCCCUCUAUUAUAUUUGACCUCGCAGAGGAACUAGCAAAGAAGCUUUCUGGUCUCCGAAGUCAUUUACCGGACUCAAAAAAUAAUUCCGUCCCAGUAUUCGAGGACAAACGACUGGAAAAUAUACUGGAUCCUUUACUUCGGAAAGAAGUAGAGUCUGCAUUAUGGGCUAGAUCGCUUCAGGGACUUGAAUCAAAUCUUCAAACUAAUAGAAUUGCUGGAAACUAUGUUCCUUCAGCGAGUAUACCACUGCAAGAUGGGUUAUCAAGCAUGCUGGCAUCUUAUGAAGAGUCCGUCAAAUUUCUGCUCGCCCAAAACGAUUAUCCUGGAGUCUCGGCUGAAGAACUCGAUGCUUUCAAAAGCCAAUUUCGAGGACACGCAUAUACUUGUCGACUCGCCUCUUGUCCGCGAGCCACAUUUGGUUUUGAAUCCGAAGCACUUCGAUUGCAUCACGAGAUGACUCACUUACCGCAGCCCCAAUGCAAUUUCCCCGGUUGCCAGAAUCCUCCCUUUGUGUCGGUACAAGCUCUUAGGAAUCAUGUGAAGAGAUACCACGUUUCUCAACCAGCUCGAAAGUCGAUACGACGGGUCUCAGAUAAAUUAACAAAUAUUGCCCACAAGAACACUACAAUCUCAGAGAGUACCCGGGUAUGGCAAGACCAAUCCAUGGACGAGACAAACCAGAUUCUGAACCCAGGGGAUAUCAGUGCAAGUAUUAUACAACAUGACGGGAUGAUAUCACCUCAGCCUAGUAAGGAGGAAAGGGGAUACGUGGAGCGUUUACAAUCCAGAAAAUAUCAGCUACAUUACGCUAGGACUCCAGAGGGCGAACCCAUCUAUGAGGCCUAUCCAGAGAUUGGUUGUGUAAAAGCCAUUCGCACAAUACCUAAAAAUGAUCAUUACAUUUCAGAAAUCUACCCUCCUCCUCCAAUAUGGCUUCAACAGGGGCUUGGGGAGAUCAAGCAGAGACAAGGAGCCUAUCGAAACGGCCUAUUCGAGGGAGUCAUGCGUUACGGUGCGGUUAAUGUCAUCACUGGCAUGAUAUUUACGGACCAAGAAAUGCCUCUACUAGAUACCUCGUCUCUCCAUAUCAGCUUUUACUUCUUCCCCCGAAUUUGCUGUAAUGUCUGCUCGGGCAAGUUAUAUGAACCGGAUCCACACACUUCGUUCAAGAACUUCGAAAUUCAUCUUAAUAGUGAAGAUCAUAAGUAUAACUUAGGAAAAGGAUAUUUUUCUAAUUCAUUAUCUUAG